CGUGGCGAGCAUGUUCGUACAUCCACCCGGGAUCAUCCGCGGAAAAGGAAGAAAAUCACAGGCUGUCAGAAAAGUUUUCCUGCGGGGAGAGGGUCGGGCUCGAUCGGGAAGAGGACCGCUGGAGGAUCGCGCUCUCAGGAUUAUUCAUUGUCACAAUAAACUGUAUUAUUCAUCAUGGACGCGCUAAAAUCAGCCGGACGCGCUAUCAUUCGCAGUCCCAGUCUGGCUAAACAGUCGUGGAUCUCUGGAAAACAUAAAAAGCUGCCAGAGAACUGGACAGACACGCGGGAGACGCUGCUGGAGGGGAUGGUCUUUCAGCUAAAGUAUCUGGGCAUGACGCUGGUGGAGGAACCCAAAGGAGAAGAGCUCUCGGCCGCUGCUGUCAAGAGAAUUGUUGCCACAGCUAAAGCUAGUGGGAAGAAGCUUCAGAAGGUGACGCUGAAGGUUUCUCCUCGAGGGAUUGUUCUCUAUGACAGUGUAUCGAACCAGCUCAUAGAGAAUGUGUCCAUAUACAGGAUAUCCUAUUGCACGGCUGAUAAGAUGCACGAUAAAGUGUUCGCCUACAUCGCUCAAAGUCAACGCAACGAAACGCUGGAGUGUCACGCGUACCUCUGCACCAAGAGGAAAGUGGCUCAGGCGGUGACGUUAACAGUGGCUCAGGCUUUCCGUGUGGCUUUUGAGUUUUGGCAGGCUGCUAAAGAAGAGAAAGAGAAGCAGGUGAAAUGUGGAUCAGAUGGAGAGGCGGCCAGCAGCUCUCAGUCUGAGAGUUCAGCCAGUCUGGGCAGCACAAAAGGAGGAGAGGUGGCCACCGGGGAUCUACUGGACCUUGAAUGUGGAGUAAAAGAUCACUCAGGAAAAGAUGUCACACACCCAGCACAGAACCUCAGCACAGAGAACAACAACACUGUAUGGGAACUUGAGGAUGGUCUUGAUGAAGCUUUCUCAAGCCGCAGUCUGGAUAGUUUUGAGUCCAACACAGACUCGCUGAGUCUCGCACUAACCCCCAGAUGCUGGACAUUGGGGUAAACCCUCAGGACUACAACCCUGAAGAGUGCUUGUCGCCUAGCAACUGGGACAAAGCCGAAGCUGAGGCUGCCGACGCCGAGGACGCGUUCGGAUUCUGAUCGGCGGUUCUCGGGAGGAACGAGCUGAUCAAACGACACAAAGGGAGUCGAGCGCGCUGCUCGCAUCACCGGCGCCCUCUGGCGGCCGUAGCUGAUUACCGCCGCCGGCUUUGAGUUGACAUGCGGUUCGGUACAACCAACGAGAUGACUUCAACAGAAGCACAGACCAAAGCAAUACAGUAUAAACAUAUUUUUUUUGCUCAUUUACUUUUAAGUAUAAUGACAUUUAAAAAUUUCUGUUACUUCCUAUAAGUUGCUUUUCUUUUUUUCUUCUGUUUUUGUGUGCAUAUGAAUAUAAAAUUUAUGUGUAUGACAAUAACUGUAUAAUAUUUGCUCAUUUAUUAUUAUUAUUCUUUUUUUUAUAGAAUUGAUUGCUGAGGCUAGCUUUGCGAUUCUAUGCAGUCGAAUGUUGAAUAAAUAUUAAGAUUUAUUUGCGACCUUGGGGUUAUGCAUACUAACUUUCAUGAUGUUUGAGGUUUGUGUGGAGUUGGAUUGUGUUUUUUUUUAAAGUGCUGAAGUGGUGAUGGUUUUGUAUAGGUGAGUUGUCUGCCCUCAGAUGUGUGAAAACGAUAAGCGAACAUUACAACAUACAGUAAUAGACAAAAAAACAGAAGGCAGGGUAUUUAAAUGAGACAAUCUUAUUUUUUUCUAUUAAAAUGUAUUUUUGCACUCCUCUCUGCGUCUCUUUCCAGAACUCAUGGUUUCAUUUAAGGAUCUGCUUAUGCUUAUUGUUCAUUCUUCAUCAGGUUAUCUUUACUACCCAUCCAAUGGAAGUCAUGGUAUCAGAUGGUAUUAUAAGGACUUUAAAGAAAAUGAUGAUAUUAUUAUCAUGCUAAUGUUUAAAAAGCAAGCACAUUGUAUUACCAUGAUGUCCAUGGUAUGUUUUUAAGAUAAUGCCAAUCUUUUCUGCAACAUUACAUGUAUUUCUUAGCCUAAAAAUAUACCUGAAUGUAAUUUCAGGUUGAAUUUAAGUGCAGCAAUAUAUUAUUUACUUGUCUAUUUUUGUUGAAAUAUGAUCAUGAUAUGAUCAUAAAAAAAAGCAAUGAACUGAUAUUUAACACUGUGGAUUUGAUUGAAAACAAUGCAGACAGUUCUUUUGUGGUUUACAUUGACAUUCUGUGUAUAGUUUUUAUUAGAUAUCAUAAGUGACAGUUUCUGUUUGCAUUAUUCAUUUCAUGUCCAUAAAUUAAAACUGUAAUGAAAAUGC